AUGAAGUGGGCGCUCAAGUUCUCGACGAAAGGGAAAGGAGCAGGAGGCGCUGGCAAGCCUUAUCAGCAAGAGCCAGGCUUGCGAAACGGAGGAGGAGGAGGAGGAGGAGGAGGUGGAGGAGCUCCAGGGGGUGGAGGCCAGCGUGGGUUCAGAUCGAGCUCGGACGGAGAGGGGGGAGGGGAACGCGGGGACUACUACGACGACGGCGAUCUAGAGCCGGGGCAGGAGAGGGACACGCCUAGUGUUACGCCGCCGGACGCUACAAACGACGGUGGGGGGAGGGAAGCGGGCGGAGGCGGCGGCGGCGGCGGAGGCGGCGGACCAGAACAUCAUUAUCGCAGGCAGCGGGGGGCAGAAAAGCACGAGGGAGAGGGAGGCGAAUCAUCGCCCAACUACCGAGACGGGGAGGACGGUGCCGAUCACGACAACAACAACAACAACGCCUCAUCGGCGCCGCCUUUUACGGUAGACUCGACGGCGGGCGAGAAGGAGCGGGGAGGGGGAGAAGAUAUGGACUACGAGAGGCAGCAGCAGCACGGCGUGUUUGACGAGGACGGCGAUAGUCAGGCAAACAGCGCUCAGGCCAGCAAGACGGCUCGCAUGAGGUCUUUCGCGGAUGAUCCGGAGGCGCACGAAUUGGAGGACGGAGACGCGGACUGGGAUGCGGGCAAGGCCGACGGUCGACGGGAGGGUAACAGUCGUUCGGGCAGCCAGGGCGAUCGAUCCAGCCGAAACGAUGAAGAGGGAAGCCACAGCGACCACAGCGAGGAUGAAGCAAACGGCACCGAGGAGGGAGGGUAUGCCUCCAACCCCAGCCGGGGGCGCACGAGCACAGACGGCGGCGGGGGCAAGGGCGCCGGCUACAACUCGUUCAGCGGCGCCAGGCAAGGCCGACCACUCGAAGACGGGGAGGAAGAAGUGGAGGAGGAGGAUUUAGCCGAGGGCGGAGACGUCGAGGAUGAGGAGGAAGAGGAAGAGGAAGAGGAGGAGGAGGAGGAAGACCAAGAUGAAGAGGAGAGACAUCAUGGUGUUGGCAAUGGGAUGCGAGGAGGCGGGGGCGGGGGCGGGGGGGGACACGCCUACAACUCCGGCGACCGGAACUCCCGCGACCAGGCCGACCUGGAGCGCCGCGCGAUGGCGCACGCGUACGCCGACGGUCUGGACGGCGGGGGCGGCGGCGGCGAGCACUACGGCUCGGGCGGAGGGGCGGACAGGAAUCCGCAGCGCAACAUGCCCCCGGCCCCUCCGGGGGCCGCGAACGGCAUCUCGCCUGUGGACGCGCGCGCGGCGGCGUUUCUCGCGGCGCGUACCCGGCUGGCCGGCGGCGGGGUCGCUGUUCCCGAGAGCGGGGUAACCUUUCCCGAGAGGCCGGGGGUGCAGCGGCCGGAGCAGGCGCCGGUGCUGGCGCCCGGGCAGGCGGCUGCGGCGGCGGCCGCGGCGCUGAGGAGGGGGCCCACCCCCGGGUCGCACUCGCUGCCGUCGAUGGUGCUCGUGCCGUUGGAGGCCUUGAAGGCCCACCGCAGGGUGCCUAGGAGCUCUGAUCGAAGGGCGUUGGUGCGAUACCGAGACCUUCCCGACCGCAGCCGAUCGUUCGUGGUGUUUGUGUCCCACGCCUGGAUGAGGCCGCACACCACCCCGUCCUUCGCGCACCCGGACACGUCUUCGAGGGGGGGAGAGAAGUACCGCCUCAUCGCCGAGGCCGGGGACCGCAUCAGGGCGCACCUCCCGCCGGACGUCCGCGUGCUGCUGUGGAUCGACUACUCGUGCGUCGACCAGGACUCGACACGAAGGAGCAAAGCUACGAUGCGAGGCAUGAGGGAGUACAUGCGGCGGUGUGACGCCAUCCUGACGGUUUACCCCGGCGACGCCGCCGACAACGGGGAAGAGUUCCUCCCUAACCGCUUCGUCAAGUCGUGCGCCUGGGCCGGGAGCUACAAGAGCUUGGCGCACUACUGCACCCGCGGGUGGUGCCGGCUCGAAAUGCUGCUGGGGCAGACGGAGCCGCUCCCCCAGGACGGGUUCAUGUUCAACUUCCUCGUGCCCAAGAAGAAGAAGGCGUCUGGUGCUAAGGCAUCCGUGGGAGACAGGCCCCACUUCCUUUACGGAGCGCACCAGCGACCGCACAAUGGUCGCAUCGAUGUGGUGCCCCGCCAGUCCAGCAGGUGGUUCGAGGAACACCACCCGGAGCAGGGGAAUUUCACCCACGAAAGCGACAGGGACGCCAUCCGCGCAGUGCUGGCAAAGCAGACGAACACGAUGGCCAAGAGAAACGCGGCGAUCGCGGCCGCCAGGUACGGCACAGACCCACGGAGAGGCGGGGGGAGUGGAACUCGCAGCGGCGACAGGCAGCAUGCGGACGACGGAGAGUACGGGCGGCCGCACUAA